UCGUGUUUAUUCAAAUCAUCAAAUGUAACAAAAAUGUAUUCGAUUCGAAUAUUAUUAGUGGCUGCUGUGAUUACAUUCGAUACAAUCGAUAUCAGUAUCGAACAGUCGUGGCCUUUCUCAGACGGUGAUUGUCUGGAUUUUCAAUCAUAUGAACAUUUCCGAUAUUCACCAAAUGCUCAUUAUAAUCCUGUUUCGGGUAUUGAUGGCGUGGAAUGCGCACGAAUAUGUAGUGAAAGUUCAUUACCACAUGCCGGUUUAAUUGAUCGUCGUUAUUGUCUUUGUGCUUCGGAUAUGGAAGCUGAUUCGAUUCGUGUCAUACCCAAAGUUACAAGUGAUCUUUGUGAUCAAAAUGAUUAUUAUAUACGUUAUUAUCGUGGGGAACCUCGUGGUGCGAUUCAUUCACUGAAGAUACGAUUACGUAAAGAUAUUUUUUUGGUUGAAGAUGAUAUCUAUUUUGAUCUUGUAUCCGAUGCAACUGGCCCACUGGAAUAUAAAAUUGACUUUGGUGACAAUAGUGAUUUAAUUGAUUGGACGCCAGCCAAUACAUUGCGGCAUUCUUAUUAUCUUUCUGGAACAUAUGUGGUUACAGUUGAAGCAAGAUUAAUCACUCGACCCGAUGUAAUGAUCAAACAAAUUCGUCAUAUUCGUAUUGAAAGUAAAGUGAAUAAUGAUCAUCUGAAAAUUGAAUGCCCCAAAGUUGUUGAACCAGAUGAUAAAGUUGAUUGUAAAGUUCUCAUCAAAAGCGGUACACAGAUGCAAAUGAAAAUCGGUUAUGGUGAUGGUGAACAAAGUGAUAUGAUUAAUUUACCGGAUGUUCCAAUGAAAUAUAUCGGUGUGAAUAUACCGAAAGAAAAUAACAGUCAAAUCAUGUGGGAUGAAACAUUACAACAAUCGGAUUUGGUUGUUUUUCCCAUACCCGAAGAUACGCUGAGUUUACAUGGUACCAUUCUGGCAAUCGAAGGUUAUGGAGCUAAAAUUGGUCAUUUCGUUGUUCAUGUAUUACGAAAAAUUUGUCAUGAUGAACAAGAUUGCCUUGGAUCCGUUAUUUCAUGUUUCGAGCCUAGCGCUCUGUGUUCGGCAUCAAAAAAAUGUAAUGGCGAUUGUCAACCAUUUCAUAAGAAAUCCACUCAAUAUCAAUUGAUUAAAACAUUCGAUUUGGCCAUCACAGAUGGACCAUUCCAUCUGAAAUCAUUGACAUCAUUUCGGCUAUUAUCCGAUGAUUUGAUUGCAUUCCGUAUGCGUGAUGCACAACUUGCAUAUCGUGAAUAUAUACCUGGCUUGGAUGAACCGGAUUUCAAAUUCACAAUGACCGAUGAUCAAACGGCAACGAUUUUUGAUUCAACAAAAUUCAAACGAAUAGUGGAUCGUAAAUAUUAUCUACGAUUAAUCGUUAGUGAACCACUUACAUUUACGAUGCCACAUGUCUAUAGCCAUAGUGGUCGAUAUCCAAUCAAAUUUGAAUUACGCAAUGAAUUCGACAAUGAUAAUAACGAAAUGAUAACACGCACGAAUUUCGUUAGUGUACAGAGUACAAUUUCAAAGAUGCGUUUGACUGUUAAACCACCGAAUUCGGCAGUGGGCAAAAAAGUUGAUAUUGUCGUACAAUUAAGUAAAGGAUCGAAUAUUCAACUUGAAUGGGAUUUUGGAGAUGGUAAUCAAACCACUGAACAUAUAGCAAUAAUCAAAACAAAUCGAAAAUUCAUACGUUCCCAUUAUUAUCAUUCACCCGGUAUCUAUCAUAUCAAUAUAAUGGCAGCUAAUCUACAAGGCAAUACUUCGGCUACACAUGAAAUAAUUGUUGAACACCCGGUAUUAAAAUUAUGGAAAAUGACCACUAAUUCACCGGUACUACUACCCGAUCUGGUAAAUUUCACUCUCAUUUAUCCAGAAGAGAAAAUUCUGCCAACUAAUGCUACAUUUUUCAUGAUAUUCGGCGAUGGUCAUCGACAUUUAUGGCGAAUACCUGAAGAUAAUGAAAAAUGGGAUGGUGAACAUGAAAUAACACACUUGUAUGACAAAUCUGGCCUUUACAAUAUUGAUGUAGAUAUUUCCAACGUGGUUUCGCGAUUGAAAAAACGAUUUCAAGUCGAAGUGAUGCGUCGUAUUGUUGGGCUACGAGUGGCAACAAAAAGUAUUCGAUCCGAUCAGAUUUUUAUGGAUCAAGAUAUGAUUAAAUAUACAUCAUUGAAUGCGACAUUGAAUUUCAAUAUAUCCAUUGAUACUGGUGAUAUUGAACAUUAUCUGAUCAAAAUGAAUGAUGACAUCUAUGCAAAAACCCCGGAUAAUUCAAUGAAUAUAACAUUUGAAGAAGCUGGAAUUUAUAAUCUUACGGUUUAUGGCUAUAAUCACAUACAAAAUCUAUCCACACCAUAUAGUCAAAUGAUCCAUGUAUUUUCACCGGUGAAAGGUUUGGAUGUUAUCGAUAUCAGUAAUGAUACACUCGAUGUCGAGACAAAAUAUUUUAUUAUUAACAUUGAAAAUAUUGGUACAAAUUCCUGUCUUUUGAUCGAUUAUGGUGAAAGAUCAAAAGCUGAAGAUUUCUAUACAUAUGGCGAUUAUCAUCAUUGUCAACUAUUGUUUCCAAAUCACACAAGUGUCAUACACAAUGAUACAUUGGAAGAUGUGCUAUAUGUACAACGCAAAUAUUCGAAACCUAAAGAUUAUUUUGCGUCGGUAAUAUUGGCAAACACAAUUUCACGUGAACAGCAAAAAUUCAAAGUGGUUGUCAUUGAAAUUGAUUGUAAACCACCGAUUAUAAAGAUUAAGAAUCAGGUUACAUAUUGGAAAUCUGCCCUACAAGUAUGGCGUUCAAAACCGAUUCAGCUUUAUUCAAAAACAUUCAUCGAUUGUAAUGCCACAUUUGAAUCGAAACGUUUUUGGAACGCUUAUCGUUUGGAUGCAAAAACUGGAUCAACCAUUUCAUCGAUCGAUCUAUCCGAUUUAGAUUCUUAUGAUAAAAGUUUUCUUUAUGUUUCUGCUUUUCAUAUUCCACCUGGUUAUUAUCGAUUUGAAUUUGGCAUCAAUAUGACAUGUCCAUAUCCACAUCCAGUAUUACCAAUGACAACUGUUAGUUCAACAUAUGUUCAAGUGGUGCCAUCACCAAUAAUGGCAUUAUUAGUGGAAGGUGCACAAUCACGUAUCGUACGUGGUUGGGGUCAGAUGAUUAAAUUUUCACCAAGAAAAAGUUCAAUAGAUCCAGAUGAUGUGAAUAAUAAAAAUUUUGAAAUCAAAUGGUAUUGUCGCCGGCUACCAGAUGAAAGUAUUAAUAAUCUAUUGCCAGAUGAAAGACAAAAUUUUUCUGAACCAAUUUUCGAUCGUUCAAAUUUGGAUGAAGAAUGGGGUGAUGAUGAUGCUGGUGGAUGUUUUGGACAAGGACCUGGUCGUAUCAAUUUAACAAACGACGAAGUGGAAUGGAAUACCACAGUGUUUCGCAAGGCGGAAGAAACCUAUGAAAUUGUCAUACAAAUCAUACCUGAAGAUCGUGAUCCGUCAUGGGGUGCAAUACAAUUGAAUAUAUUGAAACCGAAACCACCAUCAGUUGUAGUUGAAUGUCAAACAAAAGCUUUAUGUUAUCCUCAUUAUCCUAUUGGGCAGAAAAUCAAUCCAGUUCGUGUAGGUCUUGAAGGCCGUUGUACUGAAACUUGUGAUGGUGAACUAAUAUAUCGUUGGAAUGUUUAUGGUGUUGAUAAUAGUACAGAAGUACAUCUUUCACAAGCCGAUAAAUAUGUUGUCGGUAUUGAUGAACCAAAAAUGGCACUGGGCAUAGCCUUUUUUCAAGAAUAUUAUCCUCGAUUCAAAGAUUUCUUUGUUCGUUUAAGCAUCAUGAAUGAACGCCGCUUAAAAGGUGAAUCUGAUAUAUUUCUGCAUAUCAAUCAACCACCGGAAGGUGGUGAAUGUCAAUUAAAAUAUACAAAAACACGUGCAUUAUUGGAUCGUAUUAUAGCACGAUGUUCAAUGUGGAUAGAUCCAGAAGAUCGACCUAUUGACUAUUAUGGAUUCUGGAUUCGUAAUGUACAUGAUGGUGUCGUCAGUUAUCUAAUGUACGGUCCAGAUAGGCGUGUUCAAUUAAUAUUACCAUAUGGUAAUUUCACUAUCGGUGUUGAUAUUCGUGAUAAAGAAGGUGCAUUGACCAAAGUUGAAAUGGCAAACAUAACAACAACAUUACCGACCAUUGAAGAAUAUGAUAAAUUCAUGAAUUCCAAAACAUUGGAAAAAACCGAUGCAUCAGGUGAUCAAGCAUCAAUGAAUAUGAUGGCACAAGCAUUAUCAUCCUUAUUAAAUAUUAAUUUUGGACAACAAAAAAAAUUAAAUUCAACCUCAACAACGACGACGACAACCACAACGACAACGACAACCACAACAACAGCGUCAUAUGAUUAUAUUGAUGAAAAUGAUAGUGAACGUGAAGCACAAACAAAAGCGAAAAUUGUCAAAUCAAUCAGUACAAUGAUGAAUGCAGAUACAUUGUUUAGUUUGGAACAAAUUGGCAGUGCUCUCACUGCAUUGGCCGGCAAAGGAAAAGGUGUCGAUAAUGAUGCUAAAGAGAUGAUCAUUCAUCUGUUGAAUAAAACCAUAUCGAUUGCUUCAGAUAUUCAAGUUGAAUCACCACAACAAUUAUUGGAUUUCUGUCGAUUUGCUGUCGGUACAAUGGGCGGUAUUGUGAAUCGAAUGUCUGAACAAAUCGUUUCCGGCGUUGUAUUGCCUACCGAUAGAUCAAAAGGAUGGAAUCUUGAUUAUAGUGUGGAAGUACCUGAUGUUGAUGAUGAACCAGAUUAUAUAAUGGAUGCACAAACCUCGGUGGAAGAUGCGUUGAAAAAAGCUGUAAUUCGUGCUGAACGCCAAAUUGCGGAAUUACAAAUUCGUCAGAUGAUUGAGCUGACAAUCAAUUUGGUGUUGUCAAUAUUGAAAAAUAUUGUUGUCGGUGAAGAACCGAUUCAAUUUGUUGCACCAAGUGGACUAGUUCUCACUAUUGCUAUGUAUCCGAAAGGAUCGAUAUCGAAUAAAGUGAUCAAACAUGAAGAUUCAACAUAUAUUUUUCCACAUGUUUGUGAUAUAUUAACUGGACAAAAUUGUUUUGGAAAUGAAACACUGGGUAUUCUUGCUGUAUCAUGGCCAUCAAUACUUGAAUCAUAUGGUAAUAGUGUUGAUUUGUUGUCUGAAGAUACGAAAACAUUACAAUUAUUGGUAAUAAAUGAAACAUUGGACAUAUUGAAUGUUCAUAAUACAACCGAACCGUUUAGUAUAAUUGUGCCAAGAAAAUCAGCACAGCAACUGGAUACAGAAGAAACUGAUCUAUCAUAUGUGGUACCAAAAUUGAAAUUCUAUGAAUCAAUGGUAUAUCAUCAGGUAAUGGUGGAAAAAGCUGAUUCAGCCAUGAGUAUUGAAAUUCGACCAACAAAUCCUGAUUCAGAUCUAUUGCUCUAUGUGAAAUAUCGGGAGAAACCAUUGUUUGAUUAUUGGGAUCUUAUCAUACCGAUAAAAAUGGCUAAAAAAUCAAAAGAUGGUUCAUACAACGUAUUCCUAUCCAAUCAGGUUAUACGCAAUCGUACGGGAUUCUUCUACGUUGGUGUCGUCGAGAUUGAUCGCGUCAAAGUUGGCCAAUCAAGUGAAUCAUAUAUACUGGAUGAAGUAUUGGUUAUUGAUCAACAACAACAAUCGGAUCGAAAUUAUAGCAUCACCAAUUAUACAUUACCUGGUGCAUUACGUGAAUAUAGUACGAAUUAUUCGAUGAAAAUCUUCACAUCUGGUUGUUAUUUUUUCGAUUAUCAUCGUAAAAUAUGGACAGCUGAAGGUUGUACAGUAGAAUCGGCAAAUUAUGCAAUGACACAUUGCCGUUGUAAUCAUUUGACAUCAUUUGGUUCAGGAUUUUUCGUCAUGCCAAAUUCGAUUGAUUUCUCCUAUGUAUUUGCAAACGCUGGUUUCUCCGAUAAUGUUACCAUUUAUAUGACAAUUGCCAUAACAUUGACUAUUUAUGCUAUCCUAUUGACAUGGGCCAGGAAAAAUGAUGAUGAAGACCUAAUGAAACUUGGAUCGACACCAUUGCCAGAUAAUAAUUCAAUGGCAAAAUAUCUAUAUGAAGUUAUUGUCUACACUGGUGAUAAAGAUGAAGCAGCAACCGAUUCAAAGAUUCAAUUCAUACUGUCUGGUGAAGAUGAAGAAACCGGUGUACGUACAUUGGUCGAUCCAUUUCGUAAAGCAUUCCAGAAAGGUGAAACAAAUUCAUUUGUAAUGGCCACAACGAAACGUUUGGGCCGAUUGAAUUAUAUUCGUAUUUGGCAUGAUAAUAGUGGUGAAGGAAAAUUCAAAUCCUGGUUCCUGAGUUUUAUUGUCGUUAAAGAUAUUCAAACCGGUGAAAAAUAUGAAUUUAUCUGCAAUAAAUGGCUAGCUGUAGAGAAAGAUGACGGUUCUAUUGAUCGAUUGCUUCCGGUUGCGAGUCAAGAAGAAGCCACACAAUUUACACAUUUAUUCCAUCAGACAACACAGAAAAAUCUAGCUGAUGGACAUUUAUGGUUUUCAAUUUUUAUGCGUCCACCACGUAGCCGUUUCACUCGGGUACAACGUGUUUCUUGUUGUAUGGCUUUACUUUAUCUAUCCAUGCUGGUCAAUGCAAUGUGGUAUCAACGCGUUCCGUCGAAACCAACUGGAUCAUCCAUUGAAGUUGGUCCAUUUUCACUUUCACCCGAACAAAUUGGUGUUGGUUUCUUGUCUAAUUUGAUUGUAUUUCCUGUGACAUUCUUGAUCAUCAUUUGUUUCCGCAAAGCUCGUCUACGUCGAUUGCGUCCAUCACGUAUUACGGAAGCAUUGAAAAAACAAAAAAUUUAUAUUGAACAGAUGAAAACAAAAACAUCGUCAUUGGAUCAAUCAUCAAUGAAUAAAGCGAAAGGUGAAGAUUAUACCAAUUUGAAUCAGAAUCAGCAGCAGCAGCAACAACAACAACAACAACAACAAAGAAGAAUCAUUCGAAAAGAAUCGAAACGAUUUACAUUGCCAUUCUAUUUUCGUUAUGUGGGUUGGUCAUUAUGUUUCCUAUCAAUUGGUGUAUCAAUAUUUUUUCUAUGGGCAUAUGGAAUACAAUUUGGUGAUGAAAAAACAAGAAAAUGGAUUACAUCAUUGAUAAUUUCAUUUUUUGCAUCCAUACUGGUUACACAACCAAUCAAAGUAUUUCUUACGGCAUUAAUAUUGGCAACACUGUUCAAAUCACCAGAAGUUGACAUUGAUGACAGUGAAGAAGAUGAAGAUGAUAUCGAUCUGUCAUUAUUGGAAGCCACCAAUAAUAAUGGACAAUGGUUGCGACAAUCCGAUAAUUAUUCGCAUCGAUCACAAAUGUAUCGAUCACCGAAUGCAACAUUGUUAUCAAGGAUGAAAGCUCAACGAUUGAAAGAGAUUAAAAUCAUAUUGAUCUUGAAAGAUAUAUUCUCUUAUCUUUGUUUCUUGUGGAUAUUGACCGUUAUUGGCUAUGCUAAUCGUGAUCCAUCAGCAUAUCUGAUGAAAGAAACAUUAGUUAAAACAGUUAUCGAGGAUUCGAUCAAUAAGAUUAAUUUUAUGAAUAUUCGUACGGCUGAUGAUAUGUGGAAUUGGGUGGACAAUACAUUGAUUACCAAUCUAUUGAUUGGUCAAUGGUAUAAUGGUUAUAAACCACUUGGCUUACGUGGUUUCAUGAAUGAUCGUGUUAAUCGCAUGAUGGGCUAUGGCAUUCUACGACAAAUACGUAUUAAACCGAAUACAUGCGAACCAGAAAUCUAUCUCCGUCAUGUAAUUGAUCGUUGUCGUGCAUAUUCCAGUGUCAUACAUGAAGAUCAGAUGAGCUAUCUACCAGGAUGGCAACAACCAUCCGAAUGGUCAUAUGUUAAUGAAUCGAUACCACGAAGUAAAUCAGGUCUACUUAAUCCAUCGAAAAGUCUUAAAGAUGAAUGGAAUUAUCGUACAUCAAGAGAAUUGGAUGGUUUUUCUUUUCUUGGUAAACUAGAUAUCUAUAGCGGUAGUGGUUAUGUGAUACCAUUGAAAGGAUCACGUGAUGAAUUAAAAGCACGAAUUGGACACUUACUAGCACAGAAUUGGAUCGAUGAACGUACAAGAGCAUUGAUUGCUGAAUUUUCUGUCUACAAUGCACAGGCUAACUUGUUUGGUAUCGUAACUUGUGUUUCAGAAUUUCAACCUGGUGGUGGUAUCAUUCCAACAUAUCGUAUCGAUGUGGUUCGAUUGAUGCGUCAUCAUCAAGGAUCAGGAAUGUUUGUCAUUUUGUGUGAAAUAAUCUAUUUGAUUUUCAUCAUUUAUUUCACUGUACGUGAAUUGAAAUUCUGGCGUCAACAAGGUUCAGCUUAUCUCCGUAGCUAUUGGAAUUGGGCCGAGAUAUUCAUCAUAAUCAUGUCAUAUGUGGCCAUCGGCCUAUACAUUUAUCGUAUCAUAUUGACCAAUCAAAUUUUAUCGAUAUUUCAUCAAAGUCAUGGAAAUGGCUAUGUUAAACUGCAAUAUGUUAGCUUGGUUGAUGAACUAUUUGGUUACAUUUUGGCAUUCAUCGUUUUUGUUGCUAUACUGAAAUUUAUAAAAUUGUUGCGAUUCAACAAACGUAUGGGAAUCUUGUAUGCAACAUUGGCACAAUGUUCAAAAGAUUUGAAAUCAUUUUCCAUUGUAUUCUGUACGGUAUUCUUUGCAUUCGUGCAAAUGUUUUACGUUCUGUUCGGCGUAACCAUGAAAGAAUAUUCAUCAUUUAUUAAUGCAGCCGAAACCACAUUCGGUAUGGUGACUGGUAAAUUCAAUUUCGAAUCCAUGGUAAUUGCAUCACCAUUAUUGGGACCAUUAGUAUUUUUCAUAUUCGUUCUUUGCACGAGUAUCAUUUUGGUCAACAUUUUCCUCACGUUAAUUAUUAGCGCAUUUGAAACAGUCAAAAGAGAUGUUAUGAAACAGGAUAAUGAAUACGAAAUUAUUGAUUUUAUGAUGAAAAAAUUCAAAAGUAUGCUUGGUCUUUAUUCAUUUUCAUCGGAUUUAUUUGAAGAACAAAUGGAUGAAAAAGAACGACAAAUGAAAUUGAUCGAAGAACGUAUCGAAUCAUUACCGGGCAAAUUUCAACAACUUAAACAACAUCUCUUGGCUAACGGUAACAACAAAAUGACGAUCAUACACAAAGAAACAACAAAGAAACAAAAUGAACCAAUCGUAUUGGAUGUACGUGGAUUAGAUAAUCGUCAUCGAUUAUCACGGAAAAAUGUUCGAUUGUUACACCAUAUGAGUAGUAAUGAUUCGAUGAAUCGAUCAUCAAAACGAAAUCAAAGAAAAUUCGCUGAACAAACUAGUGGCAUACAAAAAGUUUCAUUCCUUGAUUGGAACGAAGUUGAGGAUUAAGAAUGUGUACAUGAAAAUCAAAAUCAAAAAUCAAAAAUUAUUUUAUUAUAACCAAAAAUAAUUUGUAGAAGUAGUGAAACUUGA